AUGUCUGACAGAAGGCAUAUCCACACGUAUUUACUGUUGUCAGUUGUAUUGUCGGCGAUUCUUAUCGUAAGGGGCGCUGCACCGGAAUUUGACAAAGAUCUCUAUUUAUCCAGCAUCACAGAAGAGGAUGAGAAUGUACCGGUUUAUGUUACAACGGUAGGUGCUUCUGACCCGGAUGGAGAUACAGAUAUCUGGUACAGUCUGCAGAAUACUUCACAGCAUUAUUUCAGUAUUGAUCCUAUUACUGGUGCCAUAGAAGCUAUUAAACCUUUAGACAGAGAAACGACACCGGUAUAUCAUCUUGUCGCUAUAGCAACUGAUGAUGGGGGUCAAGGAGAAUCUGGAUACACUGACGUCAUCGUUGAAUUAUUGGACAUCAAUGACAAUUCGCCAUUAUUUCCAUAUGAACCAUACAUAGGCUCGGUAAUUGAACACUCUCCGACAGGCACCAGUGUUAUGAGAGUACUGGCGGAAGACCUAGAUGACAUCAAUACUGACCGAAAUGCCAGAAUAGAAUAUACAAUCAUAGAGAACGCCCUCUGGAAUGGUACUGACGCUAUAUUUGAAAUCAAUUCCGCUACCAGUGAAAUCAGUAUAUUAGUCAGUGACUUGGACAGAGAAGAGGUUGAAAUUUAUGAAAUUGUUGUAGAGGCACGAGAUGGUGGAUCCCAGAGUGCAACGGCAACAGCAACAGUCGUCAUCCAAGACAUUAACGACAUGGCGCCCAAGUUUUCCCACACGUCUUACUUUACAACCGUUAAUGAGGAUGCAGAAGUGGCUUCUACGGUGUAUAGCGUGACUGCCACAGAUCGCGACACAGAUUUCAUAUUGACGUAUUACAUUGUUGGUGGAAAUGAAAAUGACACAUUUGACAUUGAGAAUAACAACAAUGUGGGCGUGGUUACAUUAAUGAGGGAACUUGACUAUGAAGAUCCUUAUCAGCCCAGACGAUACAACUUACAGUUAGGAGUCAGUGAUGGUAUCCAGACUGAUAUAUCAACAUUAUUGAUUGUUAUCGAAGAUAUCAACGAACUGUCUCCAGUCUUUUCUCCAGACACAUACGCGGUUAAUUUUCCUGAGAAUGUUACCAUAGGAACAGAGUUGGGUACAGUUACUGCAACUGAUGAUAACGGUGACGUCAUGUAUUCAAUUGAUCCAAUUAGCGACCCAUUGGGACAGUUCGAAGUAGACCAGCAUACGGGUACGGUUACCACUGCAGCUGAACUUGAUAGGGAAUAUACAUCCAUUCAUACACUAUAUAUAGUGGCCACAGAUCAAGGAAAACCUACACUAUCAAGCACGGCUGAAUUUAUCGUCACUUUGGAAGAUGUUAACGACAACGCACCGAUGUUUGCCGAGGAUUACCGACCAAUCCUUAUCGAGAAUUCCCUUCCACAGCAGGACGUAUUUGUAGUAUCUGCCAUAGAUGCAGACACCGCAGUUAAUGGACCACCUUACACAUACACAGUUGAUAAUUCGAACAAUAUUGACGAUUACUUUGAUUAUCGACAAGUAAAUAAUACACUGGAAAUUAAUACAACAUCUGUAUUUGACAGAGAGGAACAGGCAUAUUACUACAUGCAUAUCAUUAUUGCAGACGUACAUGGCCUGUCAGACACUAGCACACUGACAAUAGAAAUUGGUGAUUUAAAUGAUAAUGCGCAUGUUGCUGGAGUGACUCAAAUCACAGUGUACCAAUAUAGAGGACGCGGUGCAUCACGGGUAAUAGGUUCAGUUUUCGCUCCCGAUCCGGAUGAUUAUGCAAAUGAUGAUAAAAUGUAUAUAUUCAACGGGACCUCAGAUUAUUUUAAGGUAGAUAAUACGACUGGAACGAUUACAAUAACUGAUGAACGAACUCCUGAAGGCUCAUAUCAGUAUCAAGUUGCAGUUGAAGACAAUGAACAUGAUACACAGAUAUGUGACGUCAUUAUUGACGUCAUAUACAUAUUUGAUGACGCUGUAUAUGAUUCUGCUUCCCUUCGACUUAAUGACAUCACACCGGAGGAGUUUAUUAUGAUACCCCAACCAGGGACAAACAGCCCAUUGCAGAACUUUACAGACAUACUUGCUGAUAUCCUGUCCAUUGAUGUCAUCCAUAUCAAUGUCUUUAGUGUUGUAUUAUCUGGUGUACGGCUAACAGAUGUCAGAUACAAUAUACGAGGAUAUCGUCCAGAGGCACUUGAUGCUAUCAUUGUAACGAAUAUAGACAGGUUCAAAGAUGAAGCUAACUUAGACAUUACUCUAGUAAAUAUUAAUGACUGCAUGGAUGAGACUGAAUGUGAGGGUGGAAGCUGUAGCAAUGUAUUUCGAGUGGAUGACAGCCAAGAUGCAUUGGUGGAGUCUGGAUCUGCUUCACUCUCAGUUUCCAUCACAACAUCCACCACAGCAGAAUGUCUCUGCCAAUCAAAGAUUUGCAAAAAAACCACAUGUGAUCCAAAUCCUUGCAGAAAUGGCGGGCAAUGCAUAGCAACGGAAUACAGUUAUCGCUGUAAUUGCCCCUCUGGAUACACUGGUCCACAGUGCCAGGACAUUAGCAGGAGUUUCUUUGGGGAUGGCUACGCUUGGUACUCAGCAUUACAGUCAUGCAGAGAGUCACAUACAAGCAUAGAAUUUUUAACUAGUGAAGACAAUGGUUUACUUAUGUACAACGGCCCAAUGUCUUCAUACUCGGUUUUACAACCUGAUUAUAUUGCUGUUGGAUUAGUAAAUGGAUUAAUACAACUCAGCAUAGAUCUUGGAUCUGGAAUGGUACACAUGGAAAUACCAGAAUCUCCACGAUUAGAUGAUGGAAAAUGGCAUCGAGUAGAUAUAUAUAGAAAUGGCAAAGAUGUUGAGUUGAUGGUAGACCACUGUGCAACAUCAGUGAUCACAGAAUUCCCAACUCUCAGUAGCGAAGACACAUCAUCUUGUCUUGCUACAUCAACUGUACCUGGAGAUUCAGAGCUUCUGAAUCUAAACACUGCAUUGCAGAUUGGAGGGGUAUCUCAAGAACCAGCAUUCAGCUAUCCUCCAGACAUUGGCAUUGAUUUAACAGAUAGAUUCCACGGCUGCAUCCGCAAUGUUAAUCAAGAUGGUGAGGUAUACGAUUUGGGCAAUCCAGCUCAAGAGGUCAAUAGUGUUCCUGGAUGCGUUGCUGCAGAUGUUAAUUGUUUUGACAACGAAGAACCAUUAUGCAUAAAUGGUACAUGUAUGGCAGAUUUCAACACAGCAUACUGUAUCUGUGAUUCUGGUUACUAUGGUGAUAGAUGUAGUAUUUUGGCUCCGGAAUACGACUUCGCUGAUGAUAGUUAUGUCACAUACAGUCUCAAUGGUAACUUAAGUUUGGUAGACCGAGCGUCAGAUUACCAGAUUAUGUUCCGUACCCGUGAUGCAAAUGGAAUGAUCUGGAGAAUCUCAUCAGAAGAAGGAAGAGAUGGACUCGAAUAUAUAAUAAUUGCACUGAUUAAUGGCACUAUUCAAGUCCACUAUGACCUUGGAGAUGGGCUGCAAAUCAUUGCCUUAGAUGGUAUGACAGUUAACAAUGGUGUGUGGCAUACUGUACAUGUGCUGAGACAGCGUAAUCACUUCCUGGUCUUAUUAGAUGAUGGUGGAGAUGCAUGUCACCAAACCGAGUAUGCUGGUGCUGUAUUCAGAGAACUGAAGGUUGACACAGAAAGUCUUGUCAUUGGUGGUAAUUUAGAUUCUGGAACACUUUCCCAUAAUUUCAACGGAUGUUUGAGCGAUGCACGAAUAAACAAUGUUUAUAUCGGUUUUGAUGGUGAUAUAGACGGAACAAUUGCAAUUCCUUCAGAUGGUGUGACAGAGGGAUGUUACUCAUAUGUAUGUCAAGACGUUGAAUGUCAAGAUCCACUUGAAUGUCAAGACAUGUGGCGUGAGUACGAGUGCGCCUGUAAUCUUGGAGAAUACGAGUCAGAUGGACAAUGCAUAGAGAUAGAUGAAUGUGCUGAUGCUCCAUGUCUCAAUGACGGCAACUGCCAAGAUGGUACGACCAGUUUCACAUGCAACUGUAAUGAUCAAUACUGGGGUCAUAUCUGCCAGUAUGAGAGUGCAUGUGCAACAGACCCAUGUGAGAACAAUGGUGAGUGUGAGGACAUUUUGAGUGGUUUUAAGUGCCAAUGCAAACCUGGUUACAUCGGUGAUACUUGCAACAUGUAUAAUAAAUGUUAUGAUGAGCCUUGUGAAAAUGGAGGUUCGUGUACACCUAUAGGGGACAGUGAUUAUGUCUGCGACUGUGAAUUUGGUUACACAGGAAACGAGUGCGAGGAGACAGAUGAAUGUGCAGUCAACCCAUGUAUAAAUGGUGGAACAUGUGUAGAUGGUGAGGACUCGUACACUUGUGAAUGUCCUGGGGGGUUCUUUGGUGAUGAAUGCCGUCUCACAGACUUUUGUUACUCUGAACCAUGUAUCAAUGGUAACUGCACCUUGGUAUAUGGUUUAUUCAUUCCAACUGGAUAUGAAUGCAACUGUGAGAUCGGGUGGUUAGGAGAGACUUGCAGUGAGAAAGAUUACUGCAACCCAAACCCUUGCAAGAACGAUGGACUCUGUGAGAUGGUAGAUGAAGGAUUCAGCUGUACAUGUGACUGGAGCUGGGAAGGCGAUACCUGUGAAGACUAUGAUAACAUUACAGCUAGAAUUACCGUUGGUGUGACACUGAUUGGUGCUUUCUGUGUCAUUGUUCCUCUCAUUAUUGCUUUACUGUGUGCUAGGAAAUAUGAAAAGAAGCAGAGGAAGCGUAAUUCACACAAAUUGAGUGACAUUGCUGGGAGUGAAGAUGGAAAUGCAGUUCAAUCUCAGAUGUACAAACAAAAUAAUGAUUAUUCAGAAAUAUAUCCUACACAAAGUGGAAAUGAAGAAAAUGGAACAGCAAACAAGGGAUUUGUCGUCUACGAUAACGCUGAGGGGUUGGAAUUGAAAGACAACUCUGAUUCUGGAGAAUAA